AAAACCAGCUGCAUUUGGCCGGUCGAUGACGCAGAGAGGGCAUCUGUGGUUCUCCAUGGAACUGCUGCAGCUCCCUUCCAUCCCAGUCUUGGUGUUCUCCUUCCUCUUCUUGCUCCUCUUGAUCAAGAAGAGAGGAUUCACCGGUUGCAGAAAUGAGAGCUACCUGCCACGUCGUCCCCCCGGCCCAUGGAAUCUACCCUUCGUCGGAUGCAUGCACCACCUGGUCGGGCAGCAACCCUUUCGCGCAUUCCGCGAGCUCGCCCGCAAGCAUGGCCCCCUCAUGCUCCUCCGGCUCGGCCAGGUCGACGUCGUCGUCGUCUCCUCGCGCGAAGCCGCCGAGGAGAUCUUGAAGAACCAGAGCGUCACCUUCGCUUCCCGGCCUCAGUUACUCGUUACCAAGUUCAUCAUCUACAGCCCAAACGACAUCUCGUGGGCCCCCUACGGCCCUUGCUGGAGGCAGCUGCGCAAGCUCUGCUUGGUGGAGUUGCUCUCCGCACGGCGCAUCCGGUCUUUCUCCUCCAUCAGGACGGAGGAGACCCUUGACCUGAUGAGAGACAUCGCGAGGUCGGGCGGAACCCCCGUCAACCUGACCGAGAAGCUCUUCGGGCUGUCGAACGCUGUCGUCUGCCGGGCGGCGUUCGGCAAGCGGCGCGAGCACUGGGAGAGAUUCGUCCCGCUAAUCAAGAAUAUUCUGGUGCUCACCGGUGGCUUCUGCGUGGCCGACAUGUUCCCGUCGCUCAACUUCAUCGACAUCCUCUCGGGUUUCAAGUUCAGGUUGCGGCGGCUCCGGCGGCAGCUAGACGAGAUCCUGGGCGACAUAAUCAAGGAGCAUGAGGGCAAGGCUUCCGCGAGCAGCGGCGACAAAGCUGGAGAGGUAGACGACCUAGUGGACGUGCUGCUGAGGCUCAAAGACGACCCCCAGCUGGAAGUGCCCUUGACGAUGGAAAACGUCAAGGGUGUGAUCGUGGACAUGUUCGUGGCGGGCACCGAGACGUCUUCGACCGUCGUCGAAUGGGCCAUGUCGGAGCUGAUGAGAAACCCCGAGAUCAUGGAGAGAGCGCAGAAGGAAGUGAGGGAAUUAGCUGCGCAAAGGAGGAACAGAGUACAGGAGAGCGACAUCUCCGAGCUAAACUACAUGAAGCUUGAUAUGACAAAAAAUGGCAGACCCCACUCCCGGCAACGUCCCCCGCACGUGGACAGGCGCGGCGCCCAGGGGGAGCAAUGAGGGUGACGGUCUGCGUCCGGACGCCAGCUUCACUGAGCCCACAGCCCCCUCGGUGGACCCAGCACAGUCGGACGAGACAGAAGCAGGUAACGGUUGAAGCUCGCCCAUACCCUGCGAUCCCCCGGUCCCCCACGCAACAUCCUCGGCGAUGUCGG